AGUGUCCUUCCGACAAGUUGGCAGCAACAACACGGCCCUGGUCGUCGUCGCCGCUGCGGUAACGGAGCGGCUCGGGUGGCGGAGCCCGUGUUCGCGUCCGUCCGCCCGCCCGCCCGCCGUCCUCCGGAGGCCCUUCCCGCGCCGCGCUCCGCUCCGCGGCCGUCCCCGGGGCGGGAGCGCGUGACCGGAGCCGGCGCCCGCGAGCGAGGCCCCCCGCAGCGGGGCGGCUCCGGAGCUCCAGCGGCCCGGCCGGCCGGCGCGGUCCGCGGCGCGGCGGGGAGAGGGGGCCGCCUGGGCCGGACGCCGCGGGCGGGGCCCGGGAAGCGACAGCGAGGCGAGGCGCGGUGCGGCGCGGAGCCCAGGUCAUCCUGCUCACCAGAUGUCUUGACAGUUUUUCUUGCAACAUUGGCCAUUGGUUUUCACUGCCUUCAAAAGAUCAAAAUUACUCCAGAAAUUGGAGAGUUGGAUUUAAAAGAAAAAACUUGAACAAAUGGACAAUAUGUCUAUAACAAAUACACCAACAAGUAACGAUGCCUGUCUGAGCAUUGUACAUAGUUUGAUGUGUCAUAGACAAGGUGGGGAAAGUGAAACCUUUGCAAAAAGAGCAAUUGAGAGUUUGGUAAAGAAGCUGAAAGAGAAAAAAGAUGAAUUGGAUUCUUUAAUAACAGCUAUAACUACAAAUGGAGCUCAUCCUAGCAAGUGUGUCACCAUACAGAGAACAUUGGAUGGACGACUUCAGGUGGCUGGUCGGAAAGGAUUUCCUCAUGUGAUCUAUGCCCGUCUGUGGAGGUGGCCUGAUCUACACAAGAAUGAACUAAAGCAUGUUAAAUAUUGUCAGUAUGCGUUUGACUUAAAAUGUGACAGUGUCUGUGUGAAUCCAUAUCACUAUGAGCGGGUUGUCUCACCUGGAAUUGAUCUCUCAGGAUUAACACUGCAGAGUAAUGCUCCAAGUAUGUUAGUGAAGGAUGAGUACGUUCACGACUUUGAAGGACAGCCGUCCUUACCCACUGAAGGACAUUCGAUUCAAACCAUCCAACACCCGCCAAGUAAUCGCGCAUCAACGGAGACGUACAGCGCCCCGGCUCUGUUAGCCCCGGCAGAGUCUAACGCCACCAGCACCACCAACUUCCCCAACAUUCCUGUGGCUUCCACAAGUCAGCCGGCCAGUAUUCUGGCGGGCAGCCAUAGUGAAGGACUGUUGCAGAUAGCUUCAGGGCCUCAGCCAGGACAGCAGCAGAAUGGAUUUACUGCUCAGCCAGCUACUUACCAUCAUAACAGCACUACCACCUGGACUGGAAGUAGGACUGCACCAUACACACCUAAUUUGCCUCACCACCAAAACGGCCAUCUUCAGCACCACCCGCCUAUGCCGCCCCAUCCUGGACAUUACUGGCCAGUUCACAAUGAGCUUGCAUUCCAGCCUCCCAUUUCCAAUCAUCCUGCUCCUGAGUACUGGUGCUCCAUUGCUUACUUUGAAAUGGACGUUCAGGUAGGAGAGACGUUUAAGGUCCCUUCAAGCUGCCCUGUUGUGACUGUGGAUGGCUAUGUGGAUCCUUCGGGAGGAGAUCGCUUUUGCUUGGGUCAACUCUCCAAUGUCCACAGGACAGAAGCGAUUGAGAGAGCGAGGUUGCACAUAGGCAAAGGAGUGCAGUUGGAAUGUAAAGGUGAAGGUGACGUUUGGGUCAGGUGCCUUAGUGACCACGCGGUCUUUGUACAGAGUUACUACCUGGACAGAGAAGCUGGCCGAGCACCUGGCGACGCUGUUCAUAAGAUCUACCCAAGCGCGUAUAUAAAGGUCUUUGAUCUGCGGCAGUGUCACCGGCAGAUGCAGCAACAGGCGGCCACUGCGCAAGCUGCAGCUGCUGCUCAGGCGGCGGCCGUGGCAGGGAACAUCCCUGGCCCUGGGUCCGUGGGUGGAAUAGCUCCAGCCAUCAGUCUGUCUGCUGCUGCUGGCAUCGGUGUGGAUGACCUCCGGCGAUUGUGCAUUCUCAGGAUGAGCUUUGUGAAGGGCUGGGGCCCAGACUACCCCAGGCAGAGCAUCAAGGAAACCCCGUGCUGGAUUGAGAUUCACCUUCACCGAGCUCUGCAGCUCUUGGAUGAAGUCCUGCACACCAUGCCCAUUGCGGACCCACAGCCUUUAGACUGAGAUCUCACACCACGGACGCCCUAACCAUUUCCAGGAUGGUGGACUAUGAAAUAUACUCGUGUUUAUAAUCUGAAGAUCUAUUGCAUUUUGUUCUGCUCUGUCUUUUCCUAAAGGGUUGAGAGAUGUGUUUGCUGCCUUGCUCUUAGCAGACAGAAACUGAAUUAAAACUUCUUUUCUAUUUUAGAACUUUCAGGUGUGGCUCAGUGCUUGAAGAUCAGAAAGAUGCAGUUCUUGCUGAGUCUUCCCUGCUGGUUCUGUAUGGAGGAGUCGGCCAGUGCUGGGCGCUCAGCCCUUUAGUGUGUGCGAGCGCCUUGCAUGCCGAGGAGAGUCAGAGCUGCUGAUUGUAAGGCUGAGAAGUUCUCACAGUUAAGCCACCUGCCCCUUAGUGGGCGAGUUAUUAAACGCACUGUGCUCACGUGGCGCUGGGCCAGCCAGCUCUACCAAGAGCAACUUUACUCUCCUUUAAAAACCUUUUAGCAACCUUUGAUUCACAAUGGUUUUUGCAAGUUAAACAGUGAAGGUGAAUUAAAUUCAUACUGUCUUGCAGACUUCAGGGUUUCUUCCCCAAGACAAAACACUAAUCUGUGUGCAUAUUGACAAUUCCUUACAAUUAUCAGUCAAAGAAAUGCCAUUUAAAAUUACAAUUUUUUUAAUCCCUAAUGGAUGACCACUAUCAAGAUGUAUACUUUGCCCUGUUAAACAGUAAAUGAAUUCUUCUAUAUUUCUAGGCACAAGGUUAGUUAUUUAAAAAAAAAAAAAAAAGCCUAGGGGAGGGAUUUUUCCCUUAAUUCCUAGGGAGAAGGUUUUGUAUAAAACACUAAAAGCAGUGUCACUCUGCCUGCUGCUUCACUGUUCUGCAAGGUGGCAGUACUUCAACUGAAAUAAUGAAUAUUUUGGAAACUGCUAAAUUCUAUGUUAAAUACUGUGCAGAAUAAUGGAAACAGUGCAGUUGGUAACAGGUGGUUUGGAUAUUUUUGUACUUGAUUUGAUGUGUGACUUCUUUUCAUAUACUGUUAAAAUCAUGUAUGUUUUGACAUUGUUUAAAAUUCAGUUUUUGUAUCUUAGGGCAAGACUGCAGACUUUUUUAUACCUUUUGGUUAUAAGCCCUGUGUUUGCCAUCCUUGAUCACUUGGCGGUGACUUUGUAGAGAUUGAAGUGGAGGAGUUAAGACACAUUGACUGUACCACAGACACACAUGUAUACUUUCUACCUAGUUACUAGCGUAAAUAAAACUGAGUCACUAUACGAAGUGGAAUUCUAGAUUUGGUUUUUAAAAUGCUUUCCUUUUGCACUUUUGAGUCCAGUCUCAGUGGCAAGACACCUUCUGCUAAAUGACAGGUGGCAGCCAGUUGUACCAUGCAGCGCUGGUUCCCUCCCACUCUACCAGGACUUUCCCAUGGACACUGUGCAUCAUGUGUAGUUGGUUAUUUUUUGAGUUUUUAUUUUACUGUAGCAAAAAAAAAAAAAAAAACUUGGAUAAAUAGUGUGAAUAAAAUCAAGACCAUGGAGAUGUUUUUACCCUGAGAGUUUUCUGUGAGUUUUAAAUUGCAGUAGGCAUUUGAGCUCUGGAAACCCCGUGCAUAGCAGUUCUCUUUGUGCCAACAGAAAUGACCACGUCCUGCAGCCUGCUGCGGAAGGUUCCAGAGGCUCUGAGAAACCAGAGUGCUGCAGUGACUGGGGUCCAUCUCAGCCCAGCGCACACAGCGUGCGUUGUAAAAGCUGCCUCUGUGUCUUGUCUUCUGUACUUAGGGAUGCUUUGUCUCGGGCCUAAUCUUAUCUGUAGAAGUUUGGUGAUUUUUUUUUUUUAAAUGUUGUAUUGACAGAAUUAUAAAAAGAUACCUUCUCUAGAAAUGCUUGUCUUCAGAUCCGUUUCACGAUGGCCGGGGAACAGGAGUGAGAAGAGAGAGUAAGCUGUAGUGUAACGGGUUUUUAAGACCCAGCUCAUCUGACCAGGCAGUGCUGUAACUUGAUGCUUCCUGUUGUACCUUAUGGAACCUUUCCCAUAUUUAAUCAUCUUCAGAAAGUAGGUGGGAAAUAUUUGCUGGGAAGUAUCUCUUCAGAGCCAAGCCACUUGUCUUGGUUUUCUUACUAAGAGCCAUAGAAAUGAUUUCUGGUUAUUGAUGAAAUUUGUAAUUUGCCUGUCCUAGUCUUUUUUCCUUUCACUUCGCUAUCUUUGAAUAAGACUUUUAAAAACUUCCCUGAGUUGAAAAAUUUUGGGAUAAAAUAGUUUCCCUAGUUCUUAGAGACUGAUUAUGAUGUGGGUAUGGUUCUGGGUGGGUUUUUUUUCUAAGUCAUAGCUCAAAAGUCUCCCAAGAUUAAAUUUCAGUGGGCACCCAGUUUGAAACCAUUCUACUUUUGUCUUGUGCCUUUCUUUGCAUGAUUAAAGAGAAUCUGUAAUGGUAUUGCCUUUAUUUGCUUGGAAGUAGAUUCUUUUCUGGGAUAGAGUCUACCUUAAUCGUUGUCCUUUACCGCCCCUGCUGUACAGAUAGAUGCUAAGCCACUGCCGGGAACUUGCUUUUCCAUAGACAGUCUUUUUAUACUGCCUGAACCCAUUGCUCCUGUUCACAGUAUAAGUUCACAGACAGGGUGAGCCGGCCGAGGCGCACACCUGCAGAAUCCAGCAACAACCAUGCUUAACUGUGUGUAUUUCAAAGUUAGAAAUCCAGUUUUGUGGGGAAUGGUGUGGUUUAUAUUAGCAGCUUUGAAGGCGAAGUAACUCAGAGGUUUUACAGUCUGGAGAAGGGAAGCUUCCUGGAAUGCUUGUGAAGUAUCUGUGGUGGCCAAAUGUGUUUGCUCCUGGCCUUGCUUGUAACUGGCUAAUUGUCACUCUUCAGAUUUUUAAAAAUUUUUAAUGAGCUGAGACCCCCUUGGAAGGAGCUUGUUUGGAGCUGGCCAGAGAUGUUUUUGGUAGUUCCUGUCUUCAUCCGGUCUUCAUCACUGUUUUCUUUAAUGGUCAGUUAGUAAAGUAUAAGUUAGGUCACUGUCAUGAGUGGAGCAGGAACAACUCUCCCAGGUGGGGGCCUGGAAGGGACUCGUUACAUGGAGCCAUCUGUAACUAGCCCUUUAAAUCCUCCUUUGCAUGACAUAGAGAAAAGGCUGUGAGACUCCUGCCCAGGCCUUUCUAGUUUUCCCUUCUAGUAACCAAGCAAUCGCAUCUCUGCGGUGCAGUAGGCUGUAUGUAAAAAGCCGUGGCCUUACUCCUAGCAGCACCCUUGGCAGGGCCUUUUUCUCAGCGCAGUGAGGCUGUGCAUCUGGCACUCCUGAGGAAUGAAAGUUUUCAUCAUCUUGCCUUAUUAAGCAGUAAAACUUUUGAAAAAUGAGCCGUUUAUUGGCAGGAGCUAUUUACACAAAUCAGAAUAUUAUACCAUUUCUUUUUCUCUCUCUCCUGUCUCUGUGGACCUCCGGGGCUUCUGAGAUAGACAGUACUGCCUAGCCAUUCGAAAUGCCCAAGCCAGCUGGGGUUGUUGGGCUCUCCUCUCCCUUCCUCCUUCCUCACAGCUCCUGCUCUUGCGUGGUUAGUGAGCCUCUACUCAGUGUUUCCUGUCCUCGCUGCUCAGGCGAGGGAAGACGACAACUGAUAGUCUUAGAGUUCACCUUUCUGUCGGGGGCGGCAUUGUUCUGAUUGCUGCCAUCGUCUCCGAUCCUUGAUGAGUUUUAUACGAUUGAUGUGGAGAGAAUUUAAUUGAUAUUCAUAGCCCAUAGCUGCUCCCCUCUCCCUGGUGUUGUGGAAGAUUUAGUUUCCACCGAAUUCACUCAAAAAGCUGUCCUGUUGGCACCAGCAAACCACACGCUCUUUUAGAAAACAUCUUUGCUUGUUUUGUGUCCUGACCCUGCUCUCUGGCCUCCUUCCUCUGUAGAUACUUCUGACCUAUAGGUGCCUUUAUGAGAAUUGAGGGUCUGAUACCGUGCCCCAAGGAAUAGCUGAUGCAAUGAGUGAUGUUUUUCAGGGAUUUUAGCAUCAAAUUAAAUAAAUGAAUGAAACUUUUAAGUCCUUCUUUUCUUUUAUUUUUUUAAUGCAGGAAGGACUGAGGAGACGUCGGGUGACGACAAUCAUUUCUCUGUGUUGCUGUAAAGGCUUUCACACAGUUUAAGAUGCUUUUCUCAGUAGCUCCAGAGUUGAUGUUCUUGUUCAACCUAAAGCAGGCUCUGGACUCGCCCAGACCGUUGCACUUGUAGUUUACGACUUCAUGUGUCCUCCCUCGGCAAGUCAUUCCCUUCUCUGGGCCUCAGCUGCCUCGUCUGUGAAAUGAGGGGUUGGACUAUUGUGCCAGCUCUGGCUUCUAAGUGACCUUGCCCGCCCUGCAGCAGGUUGAGAUGCGCUCUUUACCUUUUUUCUGCUGUGUGAGGGGGAAUCUUACUUUUUCCUUUGUUACUCAGUGAGACUAGGCUUGAUCUUUGAGUACCCGCUCUCCUGUGGACAAGUAGUUACAUAUGUCCUUAUGACUUAUUUUUAACCAAAGGCCGAGCACCACCUUAGGGGCUGCCGUAAGUACCAUACAGAACACUGGGGUGGGGGGCGGGGGGCACCUUCAUUUCACUGUGUCAUCGUCUGUGUUCAGAGCCUCUGCAAAGGCCUUCAUCUGUCAUGACAUUCUGACUUUGAAGUUAGUAUGUGUAUGAUUCUGUCCUCCUAAGUGCUGGCAAUUCUUCAUCUAAACUGGACUGAAAUCCUGUUGUAAAUGCCUGGUAAUAUUAGAGGGCCUUUCUUUGGGUCUUUUGUAGCUUAAUUCCUCUAUGUUCAAAACAGGAAGUUCUUCAGAAAUUAUAUCAAUAUUUUAAUUGAUGCUAUGAAAGACAGUCCCAGUGAAUGACUGUCCACUUUAUUUUUGCCUCUUUUAUAUCCAUUUUGAUUGACAACUUUUGGCUGGAUCAUGCCUUUCAGAGAGUUUUCUUCCAGCCUGCUUGGAUGAGUAUAAUAACCGACUUUGUUAUUUUUACGGACCUGGGAACCUUUCUAGGGGGUGGGGUGGGGUGGGGUGGGGUGGGGAGUCCUGGUAGAGGCCACAUCUGUGGCAGCUGUGAAGAAGGGAUGAAGCCAGCUGCUCUUGCUAAGGCUGCUUGUCAUUGGUAGAAGGACUCACCGGUUUGGGUUACUUAAAAGGCUAAAUAUAGAGUUGGCAAACUUCUCCAAGCGGGGAGGGUUUUUUUUUUGUUCCAUGCAUCUAACGUGAUUUAAAAGCAUGACUUCCUAUAGGUUAUGAAAACUGGUGUGCUGCAGAUCCAGUGUGGAAGAGGUGACUGGGCGUUGGGGACAGCUUUGAUGGUGACACUUCUAGCUCUGAGAGUCUCCUACUCUGGGUCCACUCUUAGCUUGGCUCUUAGGAAAAACUGGUCAGCUAAAGGCCCACCACUUUCUUUCUAUAGACUUUUGCCUGGUUGAAGUCUGUGGCUUAAAAAAAAUAGUUGAAUCUUUCUUGAGAACUCUGUAACAAAGUAUGUUUUUGAUUAAAAAGAGAAAGCCAACUAAA